AUGACAAUCGUUGUAACUUAUGGCCAAGCUGUAACUAAUUGGAAUCCCGUAGUACCGCCCCGUCCUCGUUGGGGGCCAAAUAUGCUAAUGCUAAGACAACACAACAGUCCAGCAUUUGAAUAUUGGAAUAAUAAUCAUGAAGAUCAUAUAUGGGAGCACAGUGGCUUGUUUGAAGGUGACAUUAUGUUGCAUCGUGAAUAUUUGCGUAAUGGUUUGUUGAAUGAAAAAGCCACUUGGCCAGAUGCCACGGUGCCAUUCUAUAUAGACAGCCAAGAUUUUGAUGAAACACAAAUGAUGACCAUAUUGAGAGCCUUCAAGGAAUAUCAUGAUAAAACCUGCAUACGUUUUCGUCCAUACGAAAAGGGAGAUAAAAAUUGGAUUGUAUUCAAAGGCAAUUAUUCGGGAUGCUGGUCCAGUGUAGGCCGUAGACAAGGUGGUCAAGUGCUUAAUCUCAAUACACCGAAAUGUGUAACACAUGGCGUUGUGGUCCAUGAACUAUUGCAUGCCUUGGGCUUUUAUCACCAACAAUCGUCUACUGAAAGAGACGAGUAUGUUAAAAUCAAUUGGGAAAAUAUAUUACCGGGUCAUGCUCAUAACUUUAACAAAUACGCUCGCACCCAUGUUAGUAAUUUUGGUAUAGAGUAUGACUACCAAAGUGUUAUGCAUUAUAGUUCAAAGGCGUUUAGUAAAAAUGGCAAACAAACCAUAGAACCUUUGGAUCCCAAUGCAAGUUUGGGGCAACGCAAGGGCUUGUCCGAUAAGGAUAUUGAAAAAUUAAAUGAAAUGUACGAAGAAGAUUGCAAUAGUUUCAACAUAUUUAAUUUUGAUCGAUUUGGAAACUCAUUAAAUGAAAUUAUAGAUUAUUUUCAGGGAACAUUAGACAAAAUAUUCACUUAAUAUUAAGAUAAAAAAUUAAGUCUAAAAAUGCUCAAUUCAAAAAAAUAAAUGCCUUUGUUUUUAAGCAUAAAAUAAAAAGAAAUGCUUAUAAGUAUGCCAAUUCUCAAUUUAAGAAUAAAACGAAAAUUGACGUAGUUCGUUUAAAGUAUUUUCAGCUUCCUAUAAAAUAAAAUAUUUAUUAAAACUUUUAUACAAUAAAAUAUAUAAAAGAAAAACAA